AUGGGCAAGAGAAAGUCGCGAGUUCGAGCCUCGGCCAGAAAAAGUCCAGUUCACCCCAAGCACACAGCCGAGGACCCAAGCCCGACCCCCGAGGCAAAGAAAGCCAAAGGACCAAGUAGUGUGACGUCUAGUGUGACUGAACCAAUCAUCGGGGACCAAUCUUCCUCCCAGAAGAUCCAAUCGACAGAAAAGGUAAUGCACAACCUCGGCCUACGAACGAUCUUGCUAACUUUCUCCAAGCCUGCAGUAGUGGAAGAAAGGAAUGGGGAGAUUGAGUACCAAGUUGUCACCAAUGAUGGCUCCCGAGAGAGCACCGUCAUUCUGACCGGGCUGAAAUGCUUGUUUCAACUCCAACUCCCGCAAAUGCCACCCGCUUACAUCGCUCGUCUCGUUUUCGAUCGAUCCCAUCUGUCAAUGGCCAUUGUCCGAAAACCCCUCGAAGUGAUCGGAGGAAUAACAUAUCGGGAAUUCCGUGAGCGGAAGUUCGCCGAAAUCGUUUUUUGUGCGAUUUCUCCCAGCCAUCAGGUGAAAGGGUACGGAGCGCACAUGAUGGCCCACCUCAAGGACUACGUGAGAUCCAGUUCCCCGGUGAUGACCUUCCUGACUUACGCCGAUAACUACGCGACUGGCUACUUCCAAAAACAGGGAUUCACCAAGGACAUUACUCUCGACAAGAGUAUCUGGAUGGGAAUGAUCAAAGAUUACCAAGGAGUAACACUCAUGCAAUGCACCAUGCUACCCCGGAUCCGAUAUCUCGAAGUUGACCGCAUGCUGGCUUUGCAAAAGGCAAGUGUCCAGGCCAAGAUUCGCACCUUUAACAAGAGCCAUAUCAUCCACCAACCACCUCAGCAGUGGGCCAACGGAGUCGUGCCAAUUGAUCCUCUCUCUAUUCCCGCCAUCAAAGAAUCCGGAUGGUCCCCGGAGAUGGAUGAGUUAUCCCGCCAGCCACACCGUGGAACUCGCUACUAUCAGCUUCUUCAGUUCCUGAACCAAAUCCAGAAUAACAAGCAUGCUUGGCCGUUUCUCAAGCCGGUCAACAAGAGAGAUGUUCCGGAUUACUACGACGUAAUUUCGAACCCCAUGGAUCUGUCCAAAAUUGAGAAAAGAAUCAAUGCAGACGAAGACUAUCUCCCCAAGGACCUGAUCCACGACCUGAAAUUGAUUUUCAGCAACUGCUACCUUUACAAUGCGCAAGAUACGCCGUAUGCCAAGUGUGCUAUUUUGUUGGAACGGCACAUGUGGAGACUUGUCAAGCAGAUUCCGGAGUGGCAUGGGCUGAUUGAAAAAUAA